CCAAAGACCUUGGUAUUACUCAAAAAUCAGCCUACAAAUUAUUAGAUGAUUUACGGAACAGCCUUAAACAAUCUAACUUUAUUAAAGAAAUGUUAAAGGAUUUUGUUGAAAUAGAUGAGACCUAUGUGGGAGACAAAACCCCUACAUUAGUAAUGAUAAAAAGAGGAGGCAACACAAUUGCCGAGGUAGUUCCUGAUGUUAAGCAAAGAACCCUCGAACCGAUAAUCAGAAAGAAAAAGCAAUAUGUCAACGGCAAGGCUUCUACUAACACGGCAGAAAACUUUAACUCUCAUUUUAAAGGAACCAUUAAAGGCACUUACCAUUGA